UUUAAUUAAUAAACAAAACAGCUGAGUGUUUAGGGACUUGCAAAUCAAACGCCCACAUAUCGCUUUUAUUUGGAAUUUAUUUUUUAGGGCAUGAACUUUAAUUUAACUAACAACAUAAAGGCCAAUUGAGUGUCAUAGAAUAAAUUAAGUGUUUGUUCAAGGGAGAAUAACAGUAUUUACAAGCAUGUCCAACCCAUUCGGAGAACCAGACGAUGAUGAAUCAGACGAAAUCUUGGAAGGCUUCCUUUGUCCAAUAUGUCGAGAAGACCUCAAGUCGGCUGAAUUUCUAACUGUGCACUUCGAAAGGUCGCACGCAGAGCAACAAGAUGCUCUUAAGUCCGUUUUUAAAGAUAUUAUUUCAAAAGCAAAAAAUAAGAUUCUCAAUAUUGACGAGACUUUCGACCUCUCAAGAAGCUUGGAAAGGAAUGCAUCCAUUAGCGGCGCUGCCGGAGGCGGUGGUAAUGUUGUGGCAGGCGCCACAUCUGGUACCAAUAAUAAAGCAUUAAACUUGAGUAAUGCACGUACAAGAACGAAUGUCUUCAAUUUUAUGGAUCACCAAGAGGUUGGAGCCGAACGUAAUCAUCUAGAGUAUUUUCAGUCAGUAAGAAAUCCACGGCUGGAGCGGUAUGCCAGUGAAACAAAUAAAUUGAUCAUCCGCUUACAUAAAUUACUAACAAAUUUGCCAACGGAUCCAGUGUUGCGCAAGCAACACGAACGCAAUAUUGUCACAUGGUUAGAUGGCAGUUCUGUAAAACUAUGUCCUAGUUGCGCAAAAAAUUUCCACAUUGCUCGCCGUCAGCAUCACUGUCGUCUCUGCGGAAGUAUUAUGUGCAAUGACUGCUCCAAGUUUCUAUCAAUAGAUACGGCACUGCAACUCGCCAGUUUGGCUAUGUCACAAAGCGAGACGAUAAAACAAACGCAAGGUGCCGCUGAAGCAAAUGCAUCAAAUCCACAUCGCAAUAGCAUACGUUCCUGCGAUCAUUGUCUCUGGCUGUUAGAGGCUCGACAAGAAAUGCACGAAAGUCGAACAUACCGUCCGCUUGUAUCACAAAUUUAUGCUGACAUACAACAAUUACGCAAAGAUGUGCUACCGGAUAUUGAAAUGUAUUUAAAAAUUGUGGGCAGUCUCUACGAGGGGGAGUCAAUUUUCACUCUAGCAGAUGCAAGCGCAUUACGUGGAAAAAUUGGCCAAGUGGCUGAAGCAAUUGAUUUACGAAGUAAACGUAUAUUAGCGCUGCCUUGUCAACAGGGUAGUCGUGAGGAAGCUUUGAAAAAAUCAAUACGUCUAUCGUGCAUUCAACUAAUCAAAGAUAAAAUGCUUUCGAUACCGCCACUGCCUGCCGAGGAAGACAUACGAAAAAUUCAAGAUCGUAAACGCAUGGAAGCAGAACAACGGAUCGAAACUGAACGUAGACAAGCAAUGGAAGCAUACGAACGACAGGCUUUGGCAAGUAACGUUAGUGGCAUUCAAAAUAGGGCGAACAAUGGCACCAAUUAUGCAUAUGGGUCCGAUUUGCGCUCAUUGGAUAAUUGGUCGGCGCAGCCAGUCAAUAUAUCGCAAAGUGAGGAUCCACUCAUAGAACAAAUAAAUAUUAUAAAAGCGUAUAUAAAGCAAGCGCGUCAAGAAAUGAAUUUCGAAGUGGUGGAAACUUUAGAACUGAAUUUACGCGAGCUACAGCGAGAGUUCUACGAGAGACAGAGAGCAUCCAGAGAUUUUCACCCGGAGGCGGAAAGAAACCAACAGCUGACUCAAUAAAAUAAUCACGUAGACAACUUAUAAUUACUGAAGAAUUUUAGUUUGCGAACAUCUAAAUUCUUCUGUAGUGUAAGUAAUAAUAAAAUUAGUAAUAAAAUAGAAUUCCAAAAACCGCAUUAUCAGUGAGCUUGUGCUGAUAAGUUGCGUAUAUAUAUUUCGUUAAUGCUUGCAGACGAAGAACUCCUACAGAAAGAAUCAGAGGGUGAUUAAAUAAAAGUAUCACCCAGGAAAAGUGUAUUUACCUGAGAAUAGAUGUUUUCGCACAUCUAUAAUAAAUUUACUAAUUUAAGUAAUAAAGUAGUUAAUUUAUUAUUCCAAAAACACUGGGUACAAUAUUUUGCUACUACUUCUUAUUAACUGUUGUUGGAAGGAUGUAAAAAUACUUCCUAGCGAUUUUCGCAUUAUGCUGUUGUAGUUGUAGCAGCAUAAACAUCCCCCGUGCAUAUACGAGGCAUGCUGCUGAAGUGACAGUCCUUGGUCGGAUAUAAAGCCAGGUUGUUACGGUUACGUAGAACCGACUGUCGUGGGAACGUGCUACUGUAGUGACAGCAAAUGCCUGUAUAAAGUCCGGGUAGUUCUGAUAGCUUGCACACGAACGUCGCGAGAGCACUUGCUUUUACUAAGCAACUACUAAUAACAUUAAAUACUGCUACAGAAACAACAACAUUGAAUACUUUUUUUUGCAUAAAGGCAUAGAAUAUUAAAAUUCGAUUAACGGGAGGUUUGUACUUCGACCUAAAGGCCUUUUAUGCACUCUACUCAUCACAUUACCUCAUUCAAACGCUGUUCCCUCAGUAAACCUAAAAUUGAGCUGAGUAUUAGAGAUGCCUACAUCUUCUCGCUAUGGCAUGGCAUUCGAGAAGAAGGUGUACCGGAGUUUUCGGGGAUUGCUCGCAAAAACGACAGGAGUCGGUGGACCAUAUACCGAGCUUGUACAGGUUGCGCAAUCUGCUGUGACCUGUGAGAAUGCCAGUCAGUAUUCUCAGUUCGUCCUUAGAGAGACUUAUGCGACAUUCAAAUCGCAUAUAUGUAUAUAUACGUCGCGAUAGAUGAUAUUUCUCUUUAGCACGCAAAUAAUGUGCUAAAAUUUACAUUUUCCUUCCUUUCAAAUUCCUCUGAAUACUCUGAUAUAGUAUUAUCGACACAAGUGUGUUUUUAAGUUAUUUCUAUAUUUUUAUAACACUCAUAAAUACAAAAAUUUGUAAAGAUUACCACUUUCGUGUUAAUAAACUGUAGAAAAUUGUGCAUUAAAACGUGCGUUUUGAAAUAUAAGGUGUAUUCUUAUUUUUUGUAAUUCUUGCAAAAUUCAUUACCAAGUCAUAGCAAAUGGAAUAUUUAAAUGGUAGUUGAUUAAUCUGCCAUUCAAUAGCAUUUUUUGAUUCACAAAUUCAUAUUUAUAAUUUUUUAAUUAUAUUUUUGUUUUUAAGCUUUCAGCCCAUGAGCUUGAACCAGGGC